AGACGGCUGCGCGCCGCACGGGCAGGUUUACCAAAGGUCCCUCUCUAAUGGGUAUUUUCUUUUUCUUAGCCCUGCCCCUGAAUUGUCAGACGGCGUCUGCCUCUGAAGUUAGCAGUGAUUUCCUCUAGAGCCCGGCCUUAUCUCCGGCUGCACGUUGCCUGGUGGUGACUAAUGACACAAUAACAUUGUCUGGGGGCUGGAAUAAAAUCGGAGCUGUUUACCCCCACUCUAUAGGGGUUCAAUAUAAAAAGCCGGCCGAGAGCUGUCCAGGUCAGACGCGCUCCUGCCUCCGCGCUGGGACCGGCGCCUCCAGGGUCCGCGCGCCGCCGCCGCCGCCGUCGCCGCGUGCGUCCUGGGACCGCUCGCUCUGCCUCUCCGCAGAGCAGACUUCUUUUUUUCUCUCCGUUAAACAGCAAUCAGGCCGAAGUACCAUUUUGAGAUCCGGAGAACCCGAAGCGCUUGGAAAGAACUGAAGCUGAUUUUUUACCCCCCCUGCACUUUUUCUUUUUUUAUUCCCUUCGAGUUUAGUUUGCAGGGGGAAAGGUUUUGAACCCUUCCUUUUAUCCGCCCCCCCUCCCCAGAAUGGAUUAUUUCCCCAUGAUUUUCGCUCUGCUGUUUGUGGCUUUCCAAGGAGCUCCAGAAGCAGCGGUCCUGGGCACCGAGCUCAGCGCGGGAGCAGAGAGUGGCGGGGAGAAGCCGGCUCCUGCCACACCCUGGAGGCCCCGCCGGUCCAAGCGCUGCUCCUGCUCUUCCCUGAUGGAUAAAGAGUGUGUCUACUUCUGCCACCUGGACAUCAUCUGGGUCAACACUCCAGAGCAUGUUGUUCCGUAUGGACUCGGAAGCCCUUCUAGGUCCAAGCGGUCCUUAAAGGACUUCUUGCUUACAAAGGCGACAGUCCACAGGAAGAGAUGCCAGUGUGCUAGCCAGACAGACAAGAAAUGCUGGAAUUUUUGCCAAGCAGGAAAAGAACUCAGGGACCAAGACUCCAUGGAGAAAGCCUGGAACAACCAAAAGAGAGAAAAAGACUGUUCUAAGCUAGGAGAGAAGUGUCUUCAUCAGCAGCUCGUGGCCGGAAGGAAAACAAGAAGGUUGGAGGCCAUCAGCAACAGCAUCAAAACAUCUUUUCAUGUUGCCAAGCUGAAAGCCCAGCUCUACAGAGAUAAGAAAGUGAUCUACAACCGCGCUCACUGAGGGCAGGUUUUUGGGGCCUGUCUGAAGCUCCUCGUCCACAGAGAGCCCUGGGCCUGACUCUGUGCGCUGCCCACGGGACUGGGAUCGAGGCAAAUGCGUCCUGCCUGGUCAGACGAUUUCUUGUUCCAGACUGGCAGGGGACCAGCGCCCUGGGUGCAAGCAUUCCAGGAAAGGUUAAGGAGUGCCCCCAGCCAGUCUUGUCUCCAUCCGAGCUGUUUUCAUCCGUCUCUCCUCCAUGGGGGUGGCAAUGGGCCCUGCAAAGAAGGCAAAGAGACCCAGUGACCUGCAAAUUGGGAUUCCUCCUCCUGCCGGAGGAGGAGAGGAGAUUCCACUUGUGGACGGAAUUUCUAAGAGGGUCCGAAGGGAGUGUUUGUGUCUCAUUCAGGUGCCUGGCACAUUUCAGGGAGAAACUCCAAAGCCCCGUGAAGAUUUUUCUAAGGAAUGCACAAAUUGAAAACACUCGAAGGACAAAUACUCGAGUAAAAAUGAAAAAAAAAGGCUUGUUUUUCUAAUUCAUAAAAUGCAAAACUGAAAGAAACUGUUACUACUGAAAAUCAGAAUGAGUUUCAUGCAUAGGAGACUACCUCAUCUGUAUUGCACUCUGACAAAGCAUUUCCCACCUUUAAUUAUUGCCUCCCAAACUCUUCCCCUGCAAAAAAACCCCAUCCUAGUUCCUAGCCUCGUGGAAGUCUGUCUAACGCAUCAAUAGUAGAUAUAACGUUUUCAUGGUCAUCUACUAGCUCUGUUCCCUAAGGAAAAAUGAAAAGAUCAGUUGAAUCAGGAAUUUCCCUCACUUACCUUGAUUUUUGGAAACACAAUGGUGUAGGGUUGUUGUGAAGAGAUAUUGAAGGGUGAACAUUGGUGAUGCUUUAAAGCAGUAAAAUUAUUUUCCUUUAUUGGCUCAUGGAAGAGGUUGGAUUACGUUUUGAUGUACUUAUAUUUUUAUAGAUAUUUAUAUUCAAACAGUUUAUUCCUUAUAUUUACCAUGUUAAAUAUACGUUUGGGCAGGCCAUAUUGGUCUAUGUAUUUUUUUAAAUGUAUUUCUGAAUGAAAUUGAAAAAAUGCUUUGUUUUGCCUGUCAAGGUAAUGACCUUAGAAAAUAAAUAUUUUUUUUCCCUAC